AUGUGAUUCUCUUUUCUGUAACUGGGUUAAUGCAUAAGAUCUUCCAAGAGAGAAUUGCUAGGUCAAUUUCCUGGUUUGAAUUCAUGAGUUGAUAUUAAGAUUUAUGAACCAGGCUCUUGUGAGUUUAGUUAGUGUGAAUUUUUCCCACUGAGCCCAGUAGCCCCCAAGAGAACUGAUCAAGCAGAGAAUAGACCUAACCCUAGAUGUACAAUGACUUUAGAGAGAACAUAUGCCUUGUAAGGCUUCAUUUGACCUGAGCCACCCAUCUUAUUCUUGAUCUUGAAAAGGGAGAAAAAUUACAAACUUAUAAAUAGUCUCUAAUAUAUCCAUCUACAAAAUCAAAAUAAUAGUGUUUUGCAUGAUGAAGAUUAGUAGUGGUCUUGUAAAAAUUUUUUUAUAUAGGAAAGAGCCUCUAAGGGCUAAUGAUAUUGCAAGUCUUGACUCUUAAAAACCCAUUUAGAGAAGAAUUAUUCACUGUUUUGGAAUGAUUAUGACCUUUUCAGAAUUUUUGAAAAUACAAAAUCAGCAAAACCAGACUCACCCCCAGAAUAUUGAAAUAACAUGUUUCAUCUGUGCCAUUAUCUCAGCUGUUCCAUAGUCUGCCUAAAAUCCUCUUAAGGAUGAUGUCUUCCCAUAUCUUUCUUAAAAGAACAAAGCGAUCCCAGUAGACAAAGGAGAGCCUUUGAGGCUAUGCAUAGGACUAUAAUAUCUAUAAACCUGAGGCAAUACAAGGUAAACUAUCUAUAAACUUAAGGUAAUCAUCACCAGUGUCAAAGUACCAGACAGCCUGUACACUUCGCUGGCUUCAUAACUAUUUGAGGUUUGCUAAGUUAGUCAUGAACAUCUUAGAUGGUGUUUUAUGGCUAUAGAAUUCUCCUAUAAAAUUAAGAUCUAAAAACUGAUAGGCUUUUGAUUUACACAGAUCAGCCAUCUAUAACUGUUGUUGAAGAAAUGUAGCUAAACUAAUUCCCAUUUCCCAGAAUUCCCUAUUCCUAGUCACAUCAGAAAGAAGUCCACUUGUGGCCCAGGCUCAGAGAUUUGGAUUGGAAAAGAAUGGCCCAGGAAAACGUGGCCUAGACUCAUAUUAUCCCUGACACGAGAAAAUUCAGACGCUAAUUCCAAUGCUAACCUUGCAACAAAGAACUAGAAAAGACCCUGAUAAUGUUGAUGAACACUCACUAUAUACCAGGUACACCCUCCAGAGACAGAUGUGGUAACUAUCCCCACUUAACAUAUGAGGGAAUUGAGACUUGCCCACAGCCAUAGUGAGGGAAAUGACUAAGGUUGAAUCUGCACUUAAUGCCUCUGCUAUGGCAUCUUCCAUAGAGCUCACUUACUGCGGUGGAGCCCUCUGAUUUACCCUCAUUUCCUGGCUGAUGAAUUUCUAAACCACAGAGACAUUGUUUUCUCUCAUUUUAAGGCUGUACAAUAACAGAAUCUUCAAUCAACAGAAUCUUUUUCAUUUGUUAACUUGUUCUUGUUUUACUACUCUAGAAGUGCUUGUGGUUUACUUAACUUCCUUGUUUAGGUUUUAGUACGUAUAGUUUAUGCCAUGUAAUCUUCCUUCUUCGGGGAUUCUAAGCUGUACAAAUGAAUUCUAAAAAGCCAUUACCUUUUUGGUAAUUGAGAAUUCACCAAUAAAGUUCUGGAAUUAAUGUGCUCAACCCAGAACUUUCAAGAAUAGGAGGUAACCUAUAAAAGUUUAUAGAGGACCUUCUUGGCACUUCGCCCAAAGUAACUUGAACAGGGUCUGUCUGUGCACCUUCCCAGUGGUUCAGGUUUGAUUUAGAGUUAGCCACAACUCAGCCACUUUUAUGAUACAAUUUACAAAAGGUGAUCCAUAUGUAAAGGAAAUGUAGUGCCUUCUAAUAACCUUUCGUAUACUUGAAUAUAAUUAUUAAGUUACCUUAUCUAUAGACUGAACAAACUCAAGUCCUUUAAUUAAAAAUAAUAAUAAUAAUAACCUUUCAUGACGGCUCCAUUAAACAGAGUUGCAUUGAUUUCUGUCUGGUAACCUGUGUUUUUCCAGGGAGUUACAAGUGAUUGUUCGUGUAUUUUCUGUGGACAAACGUCUUAAAUACAACUGACCUCUCCAGAUUAUCACAGCUGACUUUUUCCUUUAUUUAAAGAGUGGCUCUUUUUCUGUCUUUCAGGCCACUCUGGCUCUUUGUUCAGGAUGUGUUCUUGGUUAUCACGUAUACCCAGCAACUCCCAAGUGAUGUUUUCAAUAGUCAGUGCUGUUUCCAGAAAUGCCAUGACAUUUUCAGAAUCAGAAUAAAAUAAACUUUAAUUAAUUUUAAUUUAAAAGACACAGUUCUUUGUCACAGAUUGGAGAAAAAUAAAGGGACACAAUUAAAUGGGAUGUGAGAUCUUGGAGUAGAUCCUAGAAAAGAAAAAAAAUCAAUAGAAAAACUGGUGAAAUUUGAAGUCGGCAGUACAGUAGUGUUACACCAGUCUUGAUUUCCUGUCCUGGUGGUUGUGUAAGAUUUUAACGUUAGGGGAAGCUAGGUGAAAGGUUUAUGGUAACUUGUGCAGCUUCUCUGAAAAUCUAAAAUUAUUUCAAAAUUAAAAGUUUAAAUAUACAUGUAUAUUCACAGCUCCAAAUUGUUUGGUAAUUAUAUUGUUGGCCUUUCUUGAGUCUCUCUCUAAGGCAACAACAAUGAACCAGGAUGCAUCAGCAUACUCACUGCUCACAGGAAUCCCAGAAAUCAUUUGCACAUCCAUUGAAACACUAACAGUAGGAUGCAACAGUAGGAUGCAGUAGGAUCUUAUGGGAAGAAGAAAGGAUUUGGAUUCAGAUGUGAGUUUCAGUCCCUCUUCCACCAUUCACUACUGUUUUCAGUAGGGCAGCUACCUUGACCUUUGUUAGUCUCAAUUCCUUCAUCUGAAUACAAAGUAUAAUACCCAUCCCACAGUGAUUUUAAGAAUUAAAUGAGAUUUAUAUAUGUGAAUGCUAGUUAUAAACUCUAAAACACUAUGCAAAAUGUUCACUUUGGUUCAUAUCCUAAAGAAUUGUUUGAAGAAAAAAGAUUCUCCAGUUUCAGAGAUUUUUAAGGUUAUUUUUUUUCCCUAGAUUAAUUGUAUUGUAGCAUUGAGUGCAAUCAGAAUCCAUAGGUGAUAUAUUUAUAAUUGUGUUUACAUUAUUUUGAGUCUUUUAUCAUUAACAGUCAGUUUGAACUUGAACCAAUAUGACUAAGAACCACAAAGCAGUAAGCUGAAUAUUGUAUAGUAUACUUAACAUAGAGAUUUUACAUGAACAUUAUUUUUACUUAUUUAAGCCAAUGUCUAGCCCUUUUGCUUUAGAAGUCAUAACACUAAGAAGAGAAUUUCAAAUAUGAAAGCUCCAAAUUUGUUGGUUUUCCUGAAAUUUAAAGUGAAAGUCAUCAGUGGAAGCUGUGGAUCUACUUUCAAAAAAGACCCUAGAAAGGUGUCUAUUAUGCCCACCUGUACAAGAACCCAGGAGAUGAUGAGCCAUUAAUGUAGAAUAAGAUCUGGCUCUAAAGAAAGAGGCUCACUGGCCCAUUCAUCAAACUUGAGAGAUGUUGAAAAUUAAACAUCCCCAGUUCAUCCAUGAGCUCGGAUUUCCCACAUUACAACUUCAGGAUGCCUAAUAUUGGAUUCCAGAAUCUGCCUCUCAACAUAUAUAUUGUGGUUUUUGGCACUGCUAUAUUUGUCUUCAUUCUUAGUUUACUCUUCUGUUGCUACUUGAUUAGGCUAAGACAUCAAGCACACAAAGAAUUUUAUGCCUACAAACAGGUUAUAUUAAAAGAGAAAGUAAAAGAACUGAAUUUACAUGAGCUCUGUGCUGUGUGUCUAGAAGACUUCAAGCCUCGAGAUGAGUUGGGCAUUUGUCCAUGUAAGCAUGCCUUUCACAGAAAGUGCCUUAUUAAGUGGCUCGAGGUUCGUAAAGUAUGUCCACUGUGCAACAUGCCAGUUCUGCAGCUGGCCCAGCUGCACAGUAAGCAGGACCGUGGACCCCCGCAGGGGCCCCUGCCCGGGGCAGAGAACAUCGUAUAGCUCCCCCAAGGACCAAACUGCUGUGGGAUCCGACAUCCAUAUGGAGCCAGGAGGAACACAAGCGGUCUCUGCGUUGGCUGCUCUACCUGGGGCACCAGCUGCCACUUCCUUUGCCUCAUGAAGAACUCGGGCCAGCUACACUGGGAAGCCAGACUGCUGGGUCUUGUGACAACCAAAGCACGCUGACACUACCCCAUGCCAAGAGAAGAGGAGUGGAUGAUGGAUAAGCCUUCCGGUUACGUUCAAGAAAUUUCACGAGGGUCUCUUGCUGACGCCAUUACUCUGUCUCCCAGAUACUUUUCUCCAUGUCAAGGUGAAUCUUUAUCAAGCAGAAGGGAAGAUAGGACUGUUAGAGAAGGGAACUGAGGGCAGGUGUUUAAAGCCCCCCCCCCACCCCCCCACCCCCCCACCCCCACCCUGCAGACAGAUGAGCUUCUAUGCAGACCGUGCAUGCUUUUGCAGUAGCAGACCCUCCUGGCAGUCCCUGAGCCAAGUAAAACCAGCGGUUACCUCAGUUGAAGCCCGACUGGUUGCCAGUGAUUGGUGAGGCAGUGCCAACGAGGCUUUUCACAUUAUGUUCCUUUGAUAAGGUCAUCUUGGAACCCAGGGGCUUUGGUUACCACAGAGCAGCAGUGCCCCCUUGCCACUCCUUCUCCCUCAAGUUCAUGACACUUGCUUAUCAAAUCAUCUAAAUACAUUAGAUGCACUUGGAAAGGCUUGGUCAGAAGUCAUUUCCUCUUAUUCUUGCCCGCCCCCCCAAACUCCCCAGUGAAGCCCAGCCAGGCCGCCCAUCUGGAGCCCCAGCAGGGGAUGUGCUGUCCGUGUGUGACCCAGGGAGCCUCAGGGUGCUGCCCACCCCUACAGUGGGGUUCCAGUGCAGCUGCUGGUCUUAGCCCACUGCCUCAGUAAGGAGCUGCUGUGAGCCUCUCAGAUGGCUCCCAAGGGGAGCUUCUUCCUGAGAAUGGCCAGUCUUCCGGGCCCUGCUGAGAUGAGAGGAUGCUGACUCCCUUGCCUCUCUCCACUCCUUCCGUUUCCUUCCCUCUCCUGCCCUGUGUUUCUACUUAAGAGAAAAUGCCUGUCAUUGGCUUUUUAACAAUUUGAAGCAUCCCAAAUAAGAUCUUUCUGUAAUUCUGAAGCGAGGGAUCCACUUGAAAUUGUAAAUAGUUUCAGGAAGCUCCCGUAGGGCUGUUCACCCAUUGGUGUGUGCCUCAGUAUUCAGACUUGCGAUAAGUAAUUUAAAGUGUCUUUAUAGGAGAGAAAUGCAUGCUGCUCUUUGGCUCUUUCUGUCCAAUUUUUCUAGAAAUGACUGAAGAGUCCAUUCGGAUUCAUGAAUACUGUAUAAAUUUGCCAUCUGAAGUGGCUUUGGGUCAGAUAGAAAGUUCUUUUCCACGGCACUGCUUUCCACCUCCUUCUGUUAUAGGGUGGACUCUUCGUCAACAGCUUUGCCUCUGCUCCAUUCCCCAGGUGUGAGUGAGGACAGUUUCUCAUUGGAAAUGUGGUCUGCAUGGUAUGGAGAGAGAAUGGGGGAAGCUUUACUACUCUGUUCGUGGCAUGUCUCCAGGGAUUUUUUUCUGGAUUCGUCUCUACCAUCUUAGAAUGGGAGACAGAACCUGUCCUUGGCUCAGAUGGCUGGGGUCAGAUGAGGAAAAUUCCCAUUAGCCUAGGAAAGUGCUGGACAAAAUCCAGUUUGGAAAAUUACAAAUCCAGUUGGUCAGAAUUGGCUGUUUCCUCCUUGUGACCUAUUCAUGUCACGCCAACUGGCUGCUUCAACAGGGCAAGGAAGUGUGGGGUAUUUUUAUAUGAAAGCCUUAGCCUGUUGGGCAUCCUUGAAAAGAUUUUCAUGCGCUCCUACUUUCACCAUUUCUGCAUUGUGUUGGUAGCACAAUGGAGUUGAAUGCUGCAAAGCACCCAGUUUACAGUGAAAUGUUUCCAGUGACCAGUGUCAAAAGUAGGUCUGCUUCUAGACUAGCCUCAGUUGUGGCCAACACCCACCAUUCCCCAUGGGAUGGCUUGGGACAGAUCUCACCUUGUUACGAGGUUCCAACAGGAAAGAGAAUUUUUCCCCUGAAGGGAGGAAUUCGUAUGCUCUAAAAACUGCAAAUGAUUUCAGCUCACAGCUUUGGCAAGAUUAUAACUCAUCAGUUGCAGCUUUUUUCUGCCCCUGUAUGUGUGGGUAGAUCAGUUCAUUUCCCUGUCACAGGAAGGGCAAGUUGAUAUGGUUGGUGCAUAUUUCCAGCCAUUAGAGGAAAGCGCCAGAAUGCCGUGCACUCUCCAUUGGGCACCAACCCCCACGAGGUGCCACUAACGUGACCUCCACACCUGUGAAUGCGGAGGGCUUUUUAAAUGCCACCCUUUCACCAGGGUGGGGCUGGAUAUGGAGUGGUGAAUAUUCACUCUGCUCACCAUCUCCUUUCUUGGCUCGGUGUCCCACUGCAGCUCAGCCAGUGUCACCCAGAGUAGUAGUUCCUGCCACUCUUAGCAAGACAACCUGAAUGCACCUGCUCCCCACACCUGGGUCCUCCUCCUCCAGGACUCUGUGCUGCACUGUCAUUAUUGCCAAUGGCCAGGGCUUAAUUUACAUCUUCAAUUCUGAUUAAAACACAGUUGUCUGUGGACAAAGUUAAAUCUUCAUCUGAACUUUUUAAAGAAUGAGUUAAGGAUCCCCUAAUACUCUUGGCACAGGCUCACACCUUACACUGAGGCCACCCUGGCCACAUCUAUCUAUCUUUUGUUGGGAAGUUGUUGGUGAUCUUUUGUUAAUCUGUAGACACGUGGGGACUUUGGUCUGCUCUUGGGCCACUGGGGGUUGACAUGGCAGGUUUUGGUUUUUUUUUUUUUACUUGGUCUUGCUGUGUCUAAGCAGCUCAAAGAUCGGAUGUUACUUGUAUGCUGUGGGUUAAAAGAAUGUAACUCAGCCCCAACUGAACUCCAUGGGUGGCUGCAUCAUUAUCUAGUUGUUGCUAGGAGUACAGCUGAAUUCAGGUGGCUUUAGAAACAGGGAACAAAACCAGCCUGACUUGAUUCCUGAUUAAGUAGGCAUAAGACAUUGUCAUCUGCCGCUUCUCUCUGCCACAGUGUGAUGUGGUUGGGCCUGUCCCUGGCAGGUGAGGUCCUCGUAGCCUGUGCCCACCAAGGCAGGGAGCUGGACUAGACAGAAAUGGCCAGAUGCGAGUAGAUGGCCCAAGGGGAAGUCUAAGCUGAGGAAUACAGGGAACAUUCCAUCAUCGCCAGAUAGCCUGUUCUUAACACAUCUUGACAAAAUUAAGAUCCUUUGCCCCAGUGCCAAGUCCCUUGGACCCAUUAGAGGACCAAUUUGUACCUUUCCACAGCCCCACUCCAAAGCCUGCCACCUCUGUGGCCUGGUCUUGCUCUGCUAAGCUAUUCUGAACUGUAGUAGUAGUUUUUCUGAAAGGCUUUCUGAGAAUUAUGGAAUGAACACAGGGAGGCUCUGGACAGAAAAAGUGCUGAGUGAGUUUAAUCAUCCCUUGCCAUUCACCAGCCAUGUGUCUUUAUGCAAGCUGAUUUCCUUCUCUGCCCUCUAAGAAUUGUAGUGACAUUUUUGCUGGCUCUCAUGAGGACCAUACAAUGUCCAAAGCCUGGUGGGCAGUAGGCCUGGGGUUGUGGAAGUUCCUUAUUAUAGGCAGGAUCAUGCCAGUCACAUAGGGCUCCUCUGUAGCUCAGGUAGCAACAAAACCUCAGCAAGAGCCUCCUGAGAUACAGGAGCUCCCUUGGGGGAAGGCCUGCGUUUACCUGGGUCCCUUCCUUUUCCUCUCCUGAUCUUGCCAGUCACCUCCAUCUGUCUUUGCCCAUGGUGCUCCUUGGCAGCUAUUCCAUAAAUUUUUGAAUAGGUAAUCCCUUCAUAUAAUUCACAAAUCAUGAGUCUUUCUUGCAUCCCUGACCUAGCGAGCCCAACUUAUUGCCCCUUGAACACCCGCUGUGUUCCACUAUGUUCCAUGUAGAUCCUUCCAGUGACCAUUUACGCAUAAACAGGGAUUACACGCGUGUAUGUAUAACUCUUCUCUUUUACUCAUGUGAUACCAGACCAGUAUAUCCAAGGAGCAUUCCUAUUCAUGGGGGAAGAGCCAUCUCAGAAGUCCGAAUACCUGUAAAAGGUGAGCCCAUAAUUGGAGGAUGUCUUUGCAAUCACAUUUCCUUUUGAAUAAGGCAUUUUUUAUUGAUUGCAGCAUACUAAAAUUCUAGUUUUCCAUACAAAGCAGAAAUAGCAAUCCCUCCCUGACCCUUACCACACACACAGAUAAUAUGAGAGCACCACCAGUUUCCAGACUGCACAAGGACAGUCUGGUCUGUGACAGGACACCCAACAGCAGGCUCUGCUGUGUUGCUGAGAACAGCAAUGCAGGCCUCUCGUCCAGGUCCAACAGCCUUUACACCCCCCUGGUCCCCAUCCAACCCCAUCCGAUGGGGUGACGUCUGGCUACAACUGUCAUUUCUUAGGCGAGUUCUUGUGUUUCUGAGGCAGGAGUCUGAUAAGCAGCAGCAACUGAAGCCUGAGGCAUCCUUCUGUUUGGGGGACAGAUGUCUCAGAUGACGCUAAGCAGGUAGGUGGCCAGUCUCCUCAAGACUAACCAUAGAUACACUUCAGUGUCCGUCUUCAAGGUCCUGGCUCUGCUCCCUUUCCCUCCCCACUCUUUAUGCACACAUUAAAAAGAAAAUGCUUGCCACAGAAUUUUUUCCAUUCGACAACAGAAAUCUUUUAAGAAAAAAAUGUCUUACAAAGCUGCUUCUUCCAGGCAGCCCUAGGGUGAGGGGCAUGGACUCCUACAUUGGUUCUCACCCCCCUCCCUGGCUUCCUGCCUCCCAGAGCAGCAGCCCAGUGCUUUCCUUGGAUUAAAAGUGCAAUUUAGGCCCCUAACCUGAAACUUGAAAGGAAUUGUAUGUGAAAUGCCACCCUUCUGUCACCUGACUAGCUGGCCCUGGGUUAGAAUGUCUUUCACAUCAGCUAUUAUGAGUUUCUUAAGUAAAAGAGAUGAAUGUGUCUAAAUUCACAAUGUCUAAAUUCUGGUGAAAUCUGCAGUUGUUAACCAGAGUGGUUCUUUAGUAGAUAAUAUUAAUGAAAGAUCCCCCAUGCCAUGGACUGUGCUUCCACUUGAGUGGGAAUAUCACAAGAAAAAUAGAGGGGCUUGUUCAAUAAGUUUGUCUUUGUCCGGUUCAGCUUUAGAGCCCAACUUUGCAAAAUGCUAAUAGUUUGGUUCCAUUUUCAGACCGAGCAUUGCACCCUUGCUUACCAAUCCAGUGCUCACUUCUGUGGCUCUCAGGUCAGGGAGAACACCCUCCCUGCUCCAGGGACAUGGACCUAGAAUGUGGUCCCCGCCAAUGUCAAGGGACCGGUCUGUACUUGGUGAAGCUCCUCUCAGCUCCCUGUACCUGCAUCUAGGGCCAGCUGCACACGGUCCCUCCCAGGCGGUGCUACAGCCAGGUGGGUAGAUGGGGCCGGUGGUGCCGGUGUUAGGGAAGCUCCUCCUGGAGACAGCCUGGUCUUCCAAGAGUGUUCCUCAUAACUGUCGUCUCUGGGUUUGACAUCAUUGCCAGGAAGGAGGGGGGUAGUUUAGUCCUGUAGUUUAGCCCACUGGGGUUUACUCACUAGAUAUUGUAUAACUCCCUCAAAAAAAAAAAAAAAAAAAAGUUUAUGAAACUCUGACCCUCAGGUUUCAUAGACGUGUUUGUACACUAAGAAUUCUGCAGCAGAAUAUUUUUAAACAUCCGCAGUUUUUUGUAAGCUAUAUUUUUGUAUAUUUAAUUGCUAUUUUAAAAUUUUAAUGCAUUUUUGGCUAAUUACUCCUGUUUUAAAAACAAAACAUGCAUGUAAUUGACUUAAAUGUAAAUAAAAAGCAGGUUUUGAAAAUA